UUUUUUGUUAGUAUACCUUUUACUUUACUAUUUUUAUAAAGAUUUUUUGCCUUUUUGUAUCAAAAAUAACUCUGGUGGAUAUUGCGGUAAUUGCAAUAACAAUGCAUUAACUUUAUGCUGCUUUUUUUAAACACAAAACUGUUGUGGAAGAAGCAGAUCCGCGUUCAGAAAGUAAACUAUGAAAACUUUCCUUGUCCACAAAUAAUACCAGCCUCUACAAUCCUCAAUGAACAGAAAAUAUGCCUUUAGUUCCGGAAUUAAAACACUCUACAAUCCCGCUGUCCAACGGUCUGCAGAUCCCAAUUCUUGGAUUGGGGACGUCCCACGAUGGUGGAUAUUCUCACAAGGCCAUUGUUUAUGCGCUCAAUGAGUGUGGCGUGCGGCAUAUUGACACCGCAAAGCGCUAUGGGUGUGAGGAGGAUCUGGGCAAAGCCAUUAAAGAAAGUGGACAAGAGCGAAGUGAACUCUGGCUUACAAAUAAACUCUGGCCAGGAAACUAUGGAUACAGAGCAGCCAAAAAAGCUUGUCUGGACUCAUGCUCACAGAUGGGAGUUGAAUAUUUUGAUCUGUACCUAAUGCAUUGGCCAGAGUCACUGAGUCACGGAGGCUCCAACAGAGAGGUGAGAGCUGAGACUUGGAGAGCUCUGGAGGAACUUUACACAGAAGGUGUUUGUCGUAGUAUUGGCGUGAGUAACUUUCUGAUUAACCAUCUAGAGCAGUUAAAAGAAGACUGUAGUGUGAUACCACAUGUUAACCAGGUGGAGUUCCAUCCAUACCAGCAGCCUACAGCCCUGAUGGAGUAUUGUGCUGAGAGAGGCAUUGUGUUUGAGGGUUAUAGUCCUCUGGCCAAGGGUCAGGUCCUCAGCGAUCCCACUGUUUGUCACAUCGCACACAAGUACAGACGAACGCCAGCUCAGAUCUGCGUCCGCUGGAGCAUUCAGAAUGGGGUCGUCACAAUACCAAAGUCUACUAAAAAGAACAGGAUACAAGAAAAUUGUCAAGUAUUUGACUUUCAACUGGAGGAGACAGACAUGACUGCUUUAGGAAGUUUGCAUGAUGGAAGACGCGUCACUUGGGAUCCAACUAAUGUGAAAUAAAAAACUGUCCUGAAACCCUCUUUCAGUAAGGAAAGAACUGAUCUAAUGUGUUGAUACCCUUUCUGUGGUUGCUUUUUUUAAUAUAAAGCAUUGUGGAUAAUGAUAAUAAUCACAGCACAUGAUUAUUCCUCUAUUUCAUGCGUUUUUCACAAAGUACUUCUGGUUUUAACUUGCUUUGUUCAGCAGAAAAUCUACACUUACCAUGCGUGUUUAUGAAAAUUAGAAUUUGAAAUUUAAAAUGUGAAUAAUCCAAGUGUAGUGAAUGUUAAAAUAAACUUUUUUCCCACAA